AUGGUGGAGUUGGCACCCUUAUUUGUGCCGUGGGAACGCAGGCUGCAGACCUUCGCGGUGCUCCAGUGGGUCUUCUCCUUCCUGGCCUUGGCCCAGAUCUGCUUCGUGGUCUUCAUCAGCCUCCUGUUCACAAGAUUCUGGUUGUUGGCCAUCCUCUAUGCUACCUGGUGGUACCUGGAUCGGGACACGCCGCGGCAGGGGGGCAGACGCAUUGAGGCCUUCCGCCGCUGGGCGAUCUGGAAGUACAUGAAGGACUAUUUCCCCGUCUCUCUCAUCAAGACAGCGGAGCUGGACCCCUCCCGGAACUACAUCGCAGGCUUCCACCCGCACGGGGUCCUGGCCGCGGGAGCCUUCCUCAACCUGUGCACCGAGAGCACCGGCUUCUCCUCGCUCUUCCCCGGCCUCCGCCCCCACCUGAUGAUGCUAACAUUGUGGUUCCGGGCACCCUUCUUCAGGGACUACAUCAUGUCCGGGGGGCUGGUGACAUCCGAAAAGACCAGCGCCGAUCAUAUUCUGAGCAGGAAGGGCGGCGGGAACUUGUUGGCCAUCAUCGUAGGGGGUGCCCAGGAGGCCCUGGAUGCGCGGCCCGGAGCCUACAAGCUGCUGCUGCGGAAUCGCAAGGGCUUCAUCAGACUGGCCCUGGCUCACGGGGCAGCCCUGGUGCCCAUCUUCUCCUUCGGCGAGAACGACCUAUUUGACCAGGUUGAAAACUCCUCUGGCUCCUGGCUGCGCUGCAUUCAGAACCAGCUGCACAAGAUCAUGGGUAUCUCCUUCCCCCUCUUCCAUGGCCGAGGUGUCUUCCAGUACAGCUUUGGCCUCAUGCCCUACCGCAGGCCCGUCACCACUGUGGUGGGAAAGCCCAUCGAGGUGCAGAAGACGCUUCACCCCUCGGAGGAGGAAGUGGACCAGCUGCACCAGCGAUACCUCAAGGAACUGUGCAACCUCUUUGAUGCCCACAAGCUCAAGUUCAACAUCCCUGUUGACCAACACCUGGAGUUUUGCUGAGUACCUCCAGCUUACAGCAGCGUCUGCCUCCACAGGAGCGGGGCCAGUGCUAGGAAGCCCAGCUGGAGAGAGUGCACAUCUCUGCAGAGACCUCUCCCCUGCCCCCUCCCUAGAGCCCUGUAAGUCCCACCCCCAUCAGAGCUGGCCCCUGGAGAAACAACACAAGCUCCUGCAUUUGCUGCCAGGCCUACCUCUCCAUAGCCUCUGUUCCUUUCUGACAUGGGAGACAGGGCUAGAGCAAGAUGAUUUCUGAGGUCUCUGCCCUCCCAUGUAACAUGUGACACAUGAAAAUAUAGGGAAAAGACAUCAAGGUUU